AUGCAGGUCCCAGCUGUCACUCUAGAAAACCUCCAAGCCUUCCAAGCAGCCCAUUUCCCCGGCCACCACCAAGCUCUGCACCCGCCAGCGGCAGAACCUGUCGUCGAAGACGACACCUACGCCGACGAAGAUGACCUCGGCUACUAUACGGACGGUGUAAAGCGCACACUGACAGAUGAGCAGAUUCGCAUCUUCAGACACAGUGAGAUUCAUGCUCUCCUGCGGAAAAGGCAGUUAGAGCAGGAUGAGGCGGAGUAUGAAGCCCGGGCGAGGAAGUCAUCUAUUGAUGAAGCAGGGAGUGAUGAGGUAGAGACCCGUCGCGAGGAGCAUGUUUCUGAUGGGAAACACGUGGGUAAUGAGAGUCAUGGUCAGGGUCAGGGUCAAGGCCGUCGUCAGUCAUCGGGCGCAAUGAAGGCGAAGAAACGAGGCCGUUGUGAAUCGGGAAAUGAGCCGUCGCAGACUCUUGAUUAUGAAGAUGCUGAGCAAAAUCCGGCUCCCAGGCCACGCCCGACUGACCCACGUGCACCGUAUCCAGGUCGGAGGAUUAUCUCCUAUGAGGAUUGA